GCUUUUUUUUUUCUCAUUCUGCAAUUCAUAUUAAUCAUUUUUCUUUCUUUUUCUCUCGUUCGGUUCUGUUAUAGCUUGUAAUAGGGGUAUCGUUGCUGUGGAAUCUGAGACGUUUUGGUGGUGAAAAAGUGGCAGUUAUCAUUAUUAAAACAUUAGAAAAACAACAGCAGCUAGAAGAAGAAGAAGAAGAAGGUCAUCGCCAAAAGAACAAAAAGAGGAUACACGCUAUUGCUGCUGCACGAGUGGUUGAGGAAGAAGGGCACAGAGAAACAAGCCUUGGGCUUUGAUUGAUUUGAUCACCUAUCCUUUUUCCCCCUGUUUUUUUUUUGUAAAGUCUGUGUCGAUAUUUUCUCCUAUGUCUCAACCAAGGCAAUUCCACAUGGUGGGUGGUAACAAUCCAGGGCAGUUCAAUAACACGACGUUUACGAAAAUAUUUGUUGGUGGAUUGGCUUGGGAAACUCAAAGGGAUACCAUGAGGCGUUAUUUUGAGCAAUUUGGAGAGAUUCUUGAGGCUGUUGUGAUCACAGAUAAGAAUACCGGGAGAUCCAAGGGUUAUGGCUUUGUUACGUUUAAAGAUCCAGAGGCAGCCAUGAGAGCAUGUCAAAACCCUUCACCUGUCAUCGAUGGAAGGCGAGCAAACUGCAAUCUCGCUGCAUUGGGUGCUCAAAAGACUCGUCCACCAAUUUCUCUACAUGGGGCAGGACGGUUUAGACCAGCACCUGGUCCUGGAUUGAUGGCACCACCUGGCUACCAAGUUUCGUCUUCAACUUAUAUCCAACAUCAACCAACUGGUCAAUAUUCAAUUCCUUACUCAUCUUAUGGAUAUACUGGAUAUUCACAAGAAGGCAUUUAUCCUUUGAACUACUAUAACCUCUAUGGAGGUCAACAGUUUUCGCCUUACUACACCGCCGCCGGGGCAUCGAUGACACCGGGGAUGUUUCAUAAUUUGUACCCAUUUUAUGCUCAAUAUGCACAAAGUAUUCAAGCUCAUGGUUUCGGAACUCAAUUCCCGCAAAUCGUACAAUAUCCUUAUGUACCUCAGCAUUAUAGCUCAACCGGUAUGCUAUCCGUUCCAUCUUCAACGUCCAUGGCAGCAACUACCACAGCAGGUAUUGCAGCAACAAUUGCAGAAACCACAGCAGUAACAACGACAACACCACCGCGAACAGCAACAGCACCUACAACAACAACCGGGUAGUGGGAGCAGUACCAGGUCCAUCACAAGCUCCCGAGAUCCCACCCGAAAAGAAACCACCAUGUUAGUUUGCCGUUGAUGUAUGCGGUGUCAAUGGAGAGCUUUCGAAAGGAGCAUAAAGAAAGAGGAAACAUUUGAUCAACUAGCAUAACAAAAAACGGAACUCAGGAACUUCCAGACAGGGGGAUUGGAAUGGGUGUUUCAUACAUAAACUUAGUUCUACUAACCGUCUACAAUUCAUUCUCGGUAGGAUUGUUUUAUUACCGUCAUCAUCAUCAUCAUCUUGAGACAGCAAUUCAUCACACAUGUUUGGUCUUAAGGAGAAUAGGGAGUCGUUUAAUUACAUUGUUUAGGCUUAGGAGAACAAUAUCAUAUUCAUUCAUGUAUUUGCAUGAGGUGGAAACCAAAUAUUGGCUUUGGAUUCCACCUUAGACACUAAUUACUAGAUGACUCUGUCUCGGUUGCAGAGAGCAUCCGAUGUUCAUAUUUGUAGCAAAGUGGUUCAAAAGAUGGAUUUUGUAUCUUUGAACCCCGAGUUUAUUUAUUGGUCAAAGGCAAAAGGGGGGAGCUCGGAUAGAUCACCUAUUAACGUGUAAUUGGUUUUCUCCUUUUUCAUUAUUCAUGAUCGGUAUAUUUAUUGUUUUUCAAAGGUAGGGUUAAGAUAAUAAGACGGUAUUAACACAUGAUCAUCUAUUUUGUGUUUCAACUUUCACUUUCGAUGUGUACUCUCUUUAUUUGAUGUAUCAAGUCUUUGCCCUUUCUCCACUUUUGGGGUUCGACGCCGUGCAUAGGUGCAUGUGAUUUUGGAAUCCAAGGGGAAUGGCAUCUCUCAUAUGGCAAAAGGUUGUCCAUGCUUCUUUUUUCAGUCAAGACAUGCAUGCUGCUUGUAUGUA